AUGGAGCCUCUCCACUUGUGUUGCUACACCAAAUGCCAAUACAAGUUCUCUGCCAGUGAAUGCAGCCAGUGGUUGGCCAAGAUCAUGCCCUAUGCUGUGUUCAAUGAUGGGCAGUGUUGGGGCAUCAAGUGCAAGGAUCCCAGCACUGCCCAACCUGUCCAAUGUUGUGCCAAUGGAUGA